AUGGCGGAUCGCUACAAGCUCAUUUAUACCGUGCCAGCUUCUCACUUGGCCGUCACCAAGGACGCCGUCUUCCAAACAGGCGCUGGCGUAUACGACCAGGGCAAGUACAUCCAAGUGGCCUUCGAGCUUACCGGCCAAGGCCAAUUCCGGCCCGUUGCGGCAGCCGGGGCAGACCCUCACACAGGCACAGUAGACCAGCUUGAGCGAGUUCUGGAGUAUCGGGUCGAGAUCCUCUGCGCUGGGAGAGACAUAGCGAGAGCCGCAGUGGCAGCUCUCAAAAGCGCGCAUCCUUACGAGGUCCCGGCCUACGAAGUUUACAAGUUGGAGGACAUCUAG